AUGGACCAGGAGAGCGAUGAAGAGCCGGAAACAGCGCUGGAAGCCUUACGAAGAUGGACGCUGGAGCAUGGUACUGCGCUGAAGGGCCUCCAGGCUCCGGCAUGCAACUUUGAGGAUGAUGAGGACCGGAUCCAUCCAUUGGCCUUGGAGUUUGAGCGCAUCAGCGAUGAGGAGGCGACAGAUGCCACCCGGAUGGAUGACAUGACAUCCAUGGAAGCUCUCGCCAGCCCUGGGCUGCACAUGGCCACAUCAUCGGAGGUGGACAUGGCGUACCAGAGAGCCAAGAAGGAGUUUGAAGCGACGCCACAUGUCCUGGAGGCCGUGGAUUUGGAUGGCUGGACACUGGAGACGUCCCAGUUGCAGCUGGUGGAAGAGACGGAGGAAGACAUCAAAGAGUUGAAGAUCUUGCUCAGUUGCUGUCAACAUGAGAAGAAUCGACAACGCUUGCGUCAAGCCAUCAGCGAGUUUCAGGUGCAGCUGCGUAGUCGCCGGACCUGGGGUUGGUUCCCCUUGGAGCGCUUCCAAUGGUCGGGCUUCGAAUAUGAAAAGCCGCUGAUCACGCUGGACUUCCACGUGCCAGGUGUGGGUUCCUUACCACCAGAAGACGUGCACUGCGACUUCGGGGUGGAUUGGUUUGACCUGAAGGUCUGGAAUGUGGAGUGGCCCCAGGAUCCAGGUGUGAAGUAUCAUCACCGCGUGAAGAAGACUCGUCUCAUGCGAGACAUCGUCCCUUGCGACUGCUCAGUGGAAGCACAAGGUGAUCAUCUCUACGUAAAGCUGCAGAAAAUCAAGGAUCCUCGGCAUGGUUAUUGUGCUUGGUCGGAUCUUUCUGCCGGUAGGGGCAGGAAACCCUUCAAGUACCAAGAAGAUGCACAGGAUGGCGGCUUGAUGGAUUUCUUGGAAGGUGAAUAUGAGAAGUACGAGGGCUACGAUGGCUUCCGCCGGGAUGUGGGUCAAGCUAUGGAACAGGUGCAUCGACACCAGCCAGUUCGUGGUUUUGACUGAGGGCAUCGGUGACUGGUAGGCACAAAACCGGGGAAGUGUGCGUCGCUGUGGAUGUCGAAAGUGAUUUGUCCAUGAAAGAUGCAGAAGGCAAAGAACUAGCAAGCUUAUGCAAGAUUCCCAUUGCAUGUUCCAAAUGAUUGCUGUAUACAAUGAUAUUGAGAUUGAGAUCAGUUUAGUCAACUUGCUAUCAAAUUUUCCCUUGCUGUCAUGAUUU